AUGGAUAGCACGUCAGACUCUUCCAGCGGUUUUUCCACAGUGGGCGCCAGCAUCACUAAUAUUCUUAUAAACCCUACAAAAAAGUAUUACCGGAAAACAGCUCAUAGAAUUUUCGUCAACAGGAGUCUGCACCUGGAGAACAUCAAAUUCUAUGGAUUCGACAUGGACUAUACGUUGGCCGAGUACAAGUCACCGGCCUACGAGAGACUGGGAUUCGCACUAGCCGUCGAAAGGCUCGUGUCGCUCGGUUAUCCCACUCAGAUAUUGCAGUUCGAGUACGAUCCCACGUUCCCAGUGAGGGGCUUGUGGUUCGAUUCUUUGUACGGCACUCUGCUCAAAGUGGAUUCUUACGGUAACAUACUCGUCUGCGUACAAGGUUUCGAGUUUUUAAAACAUUCUCAGGUGUACGAGCUGUAUCCCAACAAAUUCUUGGUCCUUGACGAGUCCCGCGUCUACGUGCUCAACACGCUGUUCAAUUUGCCAGAAACGUAUUUGUUGGCCUGUCUAAUAAACUAUUUUACCACUUCGCCAAACUACUCGAGGGAAAAAACCGGAGUACGCAGUGGUGAUUUGCUGAUGUCGUUCAACUCUAUAUUCCAAGACGUGAGGAACGCCGUGGACUGGAUGCACAUACAUGGUGAUUUGAAAGAGAGAACUAUCCAAAACUUAUCCGAUUACGUCAACAAAGACGCGAGGCUGCCUAUGUUCUUGGCUAGGAUCCGGCAAAGUGGUGCCAAGGUGUUUCUGUUGACCAACAGUGAUUACUGGUUCACCAACAUGAUCAUGACGUAUUUAUUCGAUUACCCACACGGUGCUUCGCCCAGCGAGCCACACAGAGACUGGCAAUCGUAUUUCGACAUAGUGGUGGUAGAUGCCAGAAAACCGUUGUUUUUCAGUGAAGGCACGAUCCUGCGACAAGUGGACACCAAAACUGGAGCUCUGAAAAUGGGCACGCACAUUGGGCCUCUGCUAAAAGGCCAAGUAUAUUCGGGAGGCUCUUGCGACAUUUUCACCAAGCUCAUCGGCGCAAAGGGAAAAGACGUUCUGUAUGUGGGAGAUCAUAUAUUUGGAGACAUUCUCAAGUCAAAGAAGAUACGUGGUUGGAGAACGUUUUUAGUCGUCCCCGAGUUGGUUCAAGAGCUGCACGUGUGGACAGACAAAUGUCAGCUAUUUGCAGAACUGCAAAAUUUCGAUAUAGCUCUUGGAAACAUGUACAAGAAUUUAGACAGCAGUACCAACGAAAAGCCCGACAUUUCAAAACUGAGAAUGGCGAUGCGCGAUGUUACCCACAAAAUGGACUUAUCGUACGGAAUGAUGGGUAGUCUCUUCCGAUCGGGGUCCAGGCAAACCUUCUUCUCGUCGCAGGUCACGCGGUAUGCAGACUUGUACGCAGCGACGUUUUUAAAUCUAAUAUACUAUCCAUUUUCCUAUAUGUUCCGAGCACCGGCUAUGCUGAUGCCGCACGAGUCCACUGUGGCACACGAACACGAACAGAGACUGAGCAAAGAAGACAGCGCAGCGGCGGCGGCAUCGGCGGCGGCGACGUUGAAGUCCGUUAGCGAAACGGUGCUAAAUGCCAGUAAAAAUGCCGCUGCGACUACGACUGUGGACGAGACUCAGAUGCUGCAGGGCACAAACCGUUCCGCACCCACGUUCACACCAAGUGCCGUCGUCAGUGACGCACACACACGACGAAGACUGUUCGGACGAAGAGGAAGUGCUCGUGACCAAAAAAUAACCGACCAAGACGACGAUAAACAAUAA